UUUGCACCAGACCAGGAAAUUCAAAAAAAACCCAUUGCGGGAGUCGGAAGUGGCCGAGAAAGAGAGAGAUCGGGAUCCUGUAGCUCUUGGAUUUUGCUUUAAAGAGGCCCCUUCUCUCAUCAGAACACUUAGCUCUUAAGAAUAUCACCCAUCAUGGACGACGACGAUGGUGUAAAAUUUCGCCAGACACUUCUGGCAAUUGAUGAGAACCUUGGGAAGGAAGAUGUGGAUGCUAUGAAAUUUCUUUGCAGUGACUUCAUCUCCACAAAGCAUCUAGAAGCAGUGGAAACAGCACAUGACAUUUUCCAACUGCUCAUAAAUAGGAACUUUUUAAGUAAGGAAGACACUUUCAUUGUAGCAGAACUUCUCUACAGGAUUAAGUGUAACUUCCUGCUCCAGAAAAUUGGGUACACCCAAAAAAAAGUUGAAGACAACCUGUUUCACAUGAGGAAUGUCUCCCCAUACCGACAGAUGCUAUAUGAAAUAUCUGAGGGAUUAACUGAGGAAGAUGUGAAGACAGCCACGUUCCUUUUCAGGGAACACCUUCCAAAGAAGCAAUGCAUUACAUCUGGUCUAGAAUUGCUGACUUCCCUAGAGAAACAAGACCUUUUGGCAGAAGAUAAACUGGAAAUAUUGGAAACAGUCUGUGACAAAGUGUCACCUGAACUCCGGAAUAAAGUGGACAGAUUCAAAGAAAAACCAGCAUCUCAUAUAGAAAACAAAGGUAUUGGACACUCUUCUCUUCCUGGAUUUGGAGAUGUUUCACUCUGGGGAGAUCCUCUCCUGUAUCCAGUUAAAAAACUUGUAGAUUCUUACUCGGAGGAAUUUGGGAGCCUGAGAGAACACAGUGCAGUGUACAAUUCUCUGCCUGCAAAUCAAGAUGUCAAAACAGGAAUUGUUUCAGGCCCGUCAGAGCAGCCUAUGGGAGAUGAGAAAUCAAAACCUGCUACAGAGAAAUCAGCGUGCUACAAAAUGAAUGGGCUGCACAGGGGCUCGUGUCUCAUUUUUAAUAAUGUAGAUUUUCAAGGGGAGUUCAAGCCGCGACAUGGAUCCCAGAAAGAUGCCGAGGAGCUGGAAUCAGUAUUUAGAUGGCUUGGGCUAGAAGUGAUCAAGUACAAUGACACAACCGCAUCAGAGAUGGAGAACCAUUUGAAGCAGUGGCAGACUUCUGAAAAGUGGAAAGACAUGGACUGCCUAGUAUGCUGCAUUUUGUCUCAUGGUGAAUCCGGAAAGAUUUUUGGGACCGACGGAGUUUGUAUUCCAAUCCGCGAUAUCAUGUCCUACUUCACUGCCAAACAGUGUCCCCAACUAGCCAAAAAGCCCAAGCUCUUUUUCAUCCAGGCAUGUCAAGGAGAAAAGACACAGCAACCAGUUUAUCUGGAAUCGGACGACACAUAUUGUGUUCACCUUAGUGAAGAUGCACAAUCUUCAGGGUCUUUACUUUUGCAGCAGAUGGCUUCGAGCAUUCCCGAAGAAGCAGACUUUCUGCUUGGCAUGGCCACUGUGGAUGGCUACCUCUCCUACCGGCACAUCCAUCAGGGCGCGUGGUACAUUCAGGCUCUGUGCGACAAGCUCCGGACCCUGGUGCCAAGAGGCGAAGACAUAUUGUCCAUCCUUACAGAAGUCAAUGCUGACGUGAGUACACGUGCAGACCCUCAAGGGCAAAAGAAACAGAUGCCGCAACCAGCUUACACCCUCAGGAAAAAACUGAUAUUCCCCAUCCCUUAAAAAGAAAUACUACCGUUUCUGUCACAGAAGGAGCAUUUGGAAUAACGCUGCAUUCGAGAUAUUAUGAUAUUUGGUUUUUGUUGGGGAAAAAGAUUUGCCUUAUGCAUUCACCCAGAUCAUUUGGAAAAUGUUAUUCAACAGAAAAGAAGACAAACCACUACUCAGAGUGGAACUUCUCAGCUUUUAGCCGUUUUAAAGAAAUCUUGGUUGUCAUCAACUACAGCUACCAUGAAUUGUGUUUGUUAUACCUCUCUUUGCUUGAAUUUUUCUCAUCCUCUCUCAUACUGGUUAGGGCAGGCACCCUCAAACUCUGGCCCUCCAGCUGUUUAGGCCUUAGCUAAGUUCAGUGAUAAGGGAUUUUGGGAGCCCAAAACAGCUGAAUCGGAGUUUGAGGAUGCCUGGGUUAGGCCUUUGAACCUCUUUUUAGCAGAAGAGCUUCGCUUUCACAUCUUGCCUAUGAGCUUCUAGAAGGACCUGAAAAUGGGUAUGAAUUUGUCAGUGCUGUAACAGAUAUCAUCAGAUGUUUGUUGGCGUCACAAUUGCCUUAAGACACAAUAAAUACUUUAUUUCAAAGGAAAAAAGCAA